CUAUCGAUCUUCUUCUCUCUCUCUCUCUCUAUCUCAUUUAGGGUUUUGCGGGGUUUCUCUCGCGAGGCUUCGAUCUUGGGCCUGUGACGCUGGAUUUCGAUCGGAGAUGGUCACGGGGGGGAGGUAUGAUGGCGGGGCGCAGGGGAUUUCAGUGCGGAAAACCAUCCAAUCUAUCAAGGAGAUCGUAGGCAACCACUCCGAGGCCGACAUCUACGCUGCGCUGAAGGAGUCUAACAUGGAUCCCAACGAGACAGCUCAGAAGCUCCUCAAUGAAGAUCCAUUUCAUGAGGUGAAGAGGAAAAAGGACAAAAGGAAAGAGAAUACAGGUUAUAAGGCUUCUACUGAAGGAAGAGUGCACUCAGAACACAACUUACAACGUGCAAGAUCUUACUCAUCAUGGGAUAGAAAUGCUCGUGGAGGAAGUCAAACUCGAAAGACAGCACCUGGUGCAGGAGUCAGUCGAGAGUUUCGGAUCGUAAGGGACAACAGAGUUAACCAAAAAACAACUGAGAAUCUAGCUGCUAACAAGGAUGCCAAGACUGAGCCUGUUCAAAACUCAUCUCUUGGCAUUCAACAAGUGAACCCUGAUACUGUUGAGAGAAGCUCUGGUGGGAUUCUUACUGGGCAAAAGCACUCUGCCGCCAAAAACUCAGAGGGCCAAUAUCAGGGUUUAAAUAGGCAUGUGGGAUAUGCUUCAGGUCAUGCUAAAAAUGCAGAAUCAAGUGUUGGGCUGAGGCAAUCAGUGACUGACGAGAUUCUUGUGCCACUAGCCAGUUCAUCUCGAGUAGGAGAUGGCCAAAGCAGUCCACAGAUGCAUUCUGCUACAGGGGGAGUAACAAAUUCUCACAUCGGAGUGUAUUCUUCAUCCUCAGAUCCAGUUCAUGUCCCAUCUCCAGACUCGCGAUCAGCGGGUACUGUUGGAGCCAUUGGCUCUGAAGUGAGAGCAGUGGGUGCUAGGAAAUUGUCUUUUGAUCGGCCAGCGGGCCAUCCAACUGUUUCGAAUAGUUCACUAUUGAUUCCUCAGAUGAGACAGGGUAUUUCUUCAUCAAAGGAAUCUAUUAGCCACUCAUCUCCUGUUUCAAAGAGCUCUUCACAAACACCUGGUUUAGAGCCGGUCAUCCAAAGCAUGCCGCUGGUGAAAUCACUUCCUUCAAGUCAUUAUAAUAUGCGAUUGCAACAACCAGUGACUCAUCAGAAAGCAACACAACCAAGCAUGGAAUGGAAGCCAAAAACUACUCAGAAGCCUAGUUUGAGUAAUGAAGAAGUUCAUGAAGUACCUUCAUUGCCAUCAUCUGACGUAGACGGUUCUGUUCGGUCCAGUGAGGUGGAAGCAGCUGGAUUGUCUGAUAAGGUGGCACAAGUUAAUAUCUCAAGAGUUGAGCAUGUAAUCAUCCCCCAUCAUCUUCGAGUGCCAGAGUCUGAGCGGUUACAGUUGACAUUUGGAAGUUUUGAAUCUGGAUUUCAGUUGAACAAGGAUGUCACAUCUUCUAAGGCAUCUCAUAGUGUUGAACUGCAGCAUGAUGAAUCUUCCAUGAGUGUCUGCACAACAGUUCAGGCAAGCUCUGGUGAGGAUGAAUCUGCUGAUGACCAGGCAUCUCUAGAGGACUCCCAAGGGAGAAACUCUCCAUCUGAACCUCCAGAAUUGGCUGCUGAAUCUGGACAACCACAGCCUGAAAAUGAUGAGUCAAAUCCAACAAAUAUGGAAUCUUAUGCUGAUAUCAGUGUCGUUCAAGGCCAUAACCCACCCUACAUUUCAUCUGAGCCCCCACCACUACAAAAUUCUCCAAGCCCACCAAGCUUCUCGGCAUACAUUCCUCAAGCGAAUUAUGGCAUGCCAUUCUUUAGAACCACUGUGGAAGAUAAUGCACAUGUGCAAAAUUUUGUGUCUACAUCUGAGCCUAUGAGUUCUCAUGCACAGAAUGACAGCCCCCGGUCAGCCUUGAUGCAACAGCAGCAACUAGUACAGCAGCAGCAGCAACCUAUGGCGCAAAUGUUUCCCCCAGUUCAUGUCUCACAUUUGCCCAAUUUUGUUCCAUAUCGGCACAUCUUCUCGCCCGUCUAUGGCCCACCAAUGGCAAUGCCAAACUAUACCGGCAACCCCACCUACCCCCACCCGUCAAAUGCAAACAACUAUCUUCUGAUGCCAGGUGGGACUUCGCAUUUAAACCCUGCUGCUGUAAAAUAUACAAAUUCACAGUACAAACCAGUUCCUACUGGUACCCUCCCCGGAUAUGGAAAUUUCACCAAUCCUGCUGGUUAUAACAUGGCUACUCCAGGGACCAUUGGGAACACUACCAAUCUCGAUGAUUCAACCCGGAUCAAAUACAAAGACAGCAAUCCCUACACUUCAAAUCAGCAGGCUGAGACGCCUGACAUCUGGAUCCAGACUCCUCGAGAACUUCCUGGCAUGCAAUCCACACCGUACUACAAUCUAACCGGGCAACCACCUCAGCCGGCAUUCUUGCCUGCUCAUGCUGGCCAUGCUUCAUUCAGUCCAACCCCGCAGCCUCAUGUAUACCCAGGUCUGUAUCACACACCGCAGCAGCCCCCAAUCGCUAAUCCGCAUCACCUCAUCCCCCAGCAGGUGCCCCCGGGCAUUGGCGCCGGUGUUGGUGUUGGUGUCGGCAUGGCUGCUCCAGGUCCUCAAGUUGGAACUUAUCAGCAGCAACAGAUGGGUCACCUCAACUGGUCAUCUAACUUCUGAACUGAAAAUUCCAUUGUCCUCUCAUCUUGAAAGCAGUAUAAUAUAUGUCUUGGUAGUUCUUUUUCUUUUUUCUUUUUUCUUUUUUUAAUGUUGUCUCUGAUGUAAUGAAAGUGUCCUUUUUCUAGGGCAUCUCUUGUUCUAUUUAAGGGUGUGGAAGCAGCUAUUUAGGUUUGGUAACCUCUCAUAGUCUUCAGAGAAAAAAAAAACAAAAAAACAAAAAUUGCAUAAUACAUCAUCCUUUGCUGAUGC